AUGAUGUCUCGAGCCCAAGUGGUCCAUCGCCGGAUUUUCAUGACUAUUUUCAUAGUCAUUGGAUUUACGUUAGUGGAAAAUAUCGAUCAAGGUGAAAUUCGUGAAUCGUGUACCCUGCAGACGACAUGUGCUACAUGCAUUGGUGCAUCCACCAAGUGCACCUGGUGCUACGACAAUUUUUACUCAAAGCCAAGAUGCGAUCAGUUGGAAAGACACGUCAGUCAAAGAUGUAAUAAAAGCAAAAUUCUGAAUCCAUUACACAAAGUCGAUUUUCUUCAGGAUGAAUCUCUGUCGGAUUCAAACAAGAUCCUCAUAAAACCACAGAAAGUUCGGCUACAGAUUCGACCGCACGAGACUGCAAAUAUUCCUCUGAAGUUUUACACGACAAAAGACCAUGCUGUUGACAUGUAUUUUCUUAUGGACUUAUCCUACACAAUGCGGAAACACAUUGAAGAACUUUCCCGUGUUUCAAUGGAACUUGUUGAAAAUAUCAGGAAUUUGACCGGCUCCCUUCACGUUGGGAUUGGAUCUUUCGUCGAUAAACUCAUCCUUCCUUACGGGUUUUGUGAAACUGACAACUGUGAAUAUACAUUUAUGCAGAAAGUUAAAUUGACCAACAAAUUUGAAAUAUUUAAACAAACUGUUUCUAAACUUCAAAACAUGACAAUCUCUAAUUACGACGAUCCGGAAGGUGGACUUGAUGCACUCAUGCAAACUGUUGUUUGUGGAGACAAAAUCGGUUGGCGGAAAAAUUCUCGAAAGUUGAUUAUCUACUGCAGCGAUGCUCCAUUUCAUUUUGCAGGCGAUGGUCAGCUCGGAGGAGCCGUGGUGCCAAAUGACGGGAAAUGCCACAUGAAGAACAAUGUAUAUACAAAAGAAUAUUCACAGGAUUAUCCUUCCGUAGACCACAUCGCCCAAGUUAUUCAGAAGCACAAAGUUACUGUCAUAUUCGCUGUGGCUGGUCAACACUAUCAAGUGCUGUACCAUCUUCUCUCCCAAAGUCUGACUAGUUCAUACGUCAGUGAAUUGGGGAGCAAAAACAAUACCAUAGCCAACAUCGUCACAAUGGGAUACAAGAAUAUUACGUCCACUGUGGAAAUGAAAGCAGAUAAUCACGACUUCAAAGUUGAUUUCUAUACAAACUGCACCAAUGGACAAUGGAUCCAGUCAAAGAAAUGCAGUGGAAUAAAACUUGGAGAAGUGGUAGACUUCCGGGCUGUUAUCACCGCUCCAGAGUGUCCAAAAGGCAACCAAUCACAAAUUCAUAAAAUGAGUAUCUAUCCGGUCAGCUCGAAUGCUCAACUUGAAAUUGAAGUCGAACUCAUAUGCAAAUGUAAUUGCAACAAAACGGAGUCAAACAGUCCAACGUGUAACAAAAACGGAACGUUGGUUUGUGGGGAAUGUAUAUGUCAUGAUGGUUUCAGUGGUAAACAAUGCGAUUGCAACAAGGCAAACGAAGAUAUAGUCAACAACUGUGUCUUAGGAAAUAGCACAGACGAGUGCAUGGGGAGAGGUUCCUGUGAAUGUGGGAGGUGUCUUUGUCACAAUAUGGCCAGCAACAGAAAACAGUUUUACAGGGGCACUUAUUGUGAGUGCGAUGAUUAUUCUUGUCCCAACUACAAUGGGGCGUUAUGUGGAGGGCCUUCCCAUGGUUCUUGCGAAUGUGGUGUUUGUAAAUGCUCGUCGGAAUAUGAAGGAGAAGGCUGUCAAUGUUCCACCAGUCAGACAACUUGUAGGUCUAAAAAUAAUAAAAUUUGCAAUGGCCACGGGCAAUGUAAAUGUGGAGUUUGUAAAUGCGAUGAGAAUUCUGGCUUCAUCGGAGACACCUGCGAUAACUGUCCAUCUUGCAAUAACUGGUGUGAAAUCAACAAAAAAUGUGUCAAAUGUUGGUUGUCGAAAGAUGGCGGAAACAUGUUAGAAUGUCGUCGUAUGUGCAAAAUUCAACAUGUUUCGAUGGAAGAUAAAUUGAUGACUGACAAUUCACUAUACGAUGUCUUAACGGUAUGCAAAGUGGAGGUCGACAAGUGCAUCAUUCGGUAUCAGACGAUCAUCCAAAAUGAAACGGAACAACUUCUGAUUCUUAAAAAAAAGGAAUGUCCAGAAUCUAAGACAACUGUCUUGAUAAUUGGUAUCGUCAGUGGAAUUUUCCUUCUGGGAUUGUUAAUUCUAAUCAUAUGGAAAAUCGUCACGUCAAUUGUUGAUCAAAGGGAAAUGGCCCGUUUUAAAAAAGAGAGAUCAAAUGCAGUUUGGACAACUCAAAUGAAUCCGUUGUUUAUUAAACCAUCAACAACCUAUGAAAAUCCCACGUGGCUUUUGAAUGGAUGA